AACAGAAUUUACUUAUGCAAAUUUCACUGUAUUUAAACUAUUUGAUUCAUUUAGAUCUAUUCAACUUAAAAGUGCAACUGUACUAUUCAAUGGCGUCUUGCAGAAUGUAUGGCUAACCUCAACGAUUUACUUAUUAUUUUCUAAACUAGCUUUUUGUGUGAUAAUCAACAAAAGCAACAGAACAAAAAUUAUUUCACCGUUUCAUUUUCCGGAUUCUAUCUGUCAAACAGCGUGUAACCAUGGCAAACAUAUUUGACAGAAAGACGUCUGUUGUUUUGGUUUUUGUCGUAUUUUGAUCGAAGUAAAAUUUAGUAGAAAGAACGUUUCAAUUCUUUUUUAACAAAACUCGAGAAAUCACGGAAAACUUUUAUGACGAAUGCGUUGUGUAGUGAAAUUUUGUGGCAGAAACCUGUAUUAGGCCAAAAGUGUGAAGUUUAAAUGACACACAGAUAAAUUGCUGAUCUAAACCAAAUAAAUCUCAUUGGCAACAUUCGUUCAGUUACCCACCGGCAAUCUACUGCAGAGUGCAUCGAGUAUUCAGUAAUUCACUUAAUUCUAUGUUGUAGCUGGGGCUUAGACGAUUCAAACUAUGGAAGAUAUCAGCGGCGAAAAUUCCGCUCAAGAUAUACACACCGGUGACAAGAAAGACAAGCUGAAAUGUUCGAUUUGUGAUAAAAAGUUCUUUUCCGAGCGUAAUUUAUCAAAGCAUACGAACUUGCAUACUGGUUCUGCACCGUACAUAUGUGAAACCUGUGGCAAACGCUUCAAGGAAAAGCAGACUUUUGAUAAUCACAAACUUUCGCACAAUGGAGAUAAAAUGCACAGGUGUGAAAUAUGUGAAGCGGCUUUCGUGCUUGCUUCUCAACUAACCAAGCACCGAAAGAUCCAUACGGGAAAGCAAUAUUUUUCGUGCGAUUCUUGCGAAAAAACAUUCAGAAAGAAAAAGUAUCUAACUCGUCAUAUGCAAAUCCAUGCUAGGAAAAAAAUUUUCCACUGUGACAUCUGUGGAGAGCAGUUCUCAAGUGGCUCGUUUGUUAAAAAACAUAUGCUUAUGCACACCGGAAAAGGACAACAAAAUUGUGAAAUCUGCGCUAAAGAUUUCGCCACAUCAGGAUAUUUGAAUCAACACAUGAAAAUGGAGCAUUCAAAUAAACAUGCAAAGAUCGAAAAAAAAUGCUCAAUCUGUGGAAAGUUCGUUGUAAAAUUAUCCGCCCAUAUGGGCAUACACACAGGCUUUAAACCAUUCAAAUGUGAAGUGUGUGGAAAAGAUUUCACAAAAACCACCCAUUUGAAAGAUCAUCACCGUUCUCAUAAUGGCGAAUAUCGCUAUACAUGUGAAAUUUGUGGGAAAGGCUUUACGCGAUCUUGUUAUCUUGUUAGUCAUCGAGGAAUCCAUACUGGUACACAACAAUACAAGUGCGAAAUUUGCGGCAUUGGAUUUAACUGGGUCGGUAAUCUGAAGCGCCACGAGCGGACACACACUGGGGAGAAACCUUUUGAGUGUGAAAUCUGCGGAAAACGAUAUAUCGGCAAAGCCCAUCUAAAAAGGCACAUGAACCAGCACACCGGAGAGCAACCGUACGAGUGUGAAAUUUGCGGUGAAAAAUAUUUUAUUUCAGACAGCCUGGGCAAACAUAUGCUGACUCAUAAUUUAGAAUAGAAUAUAUUUUUGCAAUUAUUGUUUUGGAUAAAUAAUUUUUUUUCAAUUAUGGGAUUGAAAUGGAGAGUAUUAACCACGAGUCGAGUAGCACAAACUUUCAGUUCAUCCAAGUUUACAUCUACAUACUUCUUCAGUACGAAAUUUCGCUUGACUCGACAGUGACUGGAAUCGAGUCGAGUUACUUGAGUCGUUUUAUGAAGAAAGUUAAAAGUGUCUCGAAAUUGUUAUUGCAAUAAUAAUAUAGGCAGUUAAAAUACUGUCUUCCCUUAAUGAAUAUACAAAUGUGCGGCAGCCGAGGCAGCGCUAUGCAUUUAAGCAAUGAAAUCUAGUACAAACCAGAUGGAGCCACCUGUCAUUUUGGUUAUAUUUCGCCCACUUGACAUCCGACCAGCGAUGUCAGAUUGGAAGCCAUGUCUUCAAAUGGAAGACAUUUACCCUGCGAUGAAGACAUCCUUGUUUGUGAAGACAAAUGGAAGGCAUUCGAAAAUAUGUGAAGAUAUAAGAAAAUAUGUGAAUAUGACCGCAUUUUGCACAGGUGGUGACCUUUUUUUUGCUCGACAGUUUUCGAUUUGCCGGUGAUUUAUCCAUCUCUCCCAUCUCGAGUUGGAAGACACUUUUUAUUGGAACGUGAAGACAUUUGGAAAAAUGACCUGGCAUCCCUGCAUCCGACCAAUUGUCAAUUAGGGUUGUCGAUAUUGAAAAUAAAAUAUCGAUAUUCGUUUUAUCGAUAUUAAAGGGAACAUCGAUAUUGAAAUCUAUAUUGCCUGCCAUUU